CUAAAAUUGAGCCUCUAUAAAUCAUUAGGUCGUCCAGUCGUGGCUUCUGGGGCCACUUGGCCCAAAACUUCCUCCUAGUUCACUAUAAAGGGCCUUGCCAAAAUGGAUUGCAGUGCACUAGCAGCUAGGCGUGCCCUCAGUCAAUGCGCAGGGCCUAGCAGUCGCUGCCUUGUGCCGGCCGCCCUGCCCCAGUCCCGGCCGCGCACUUGCAGUCGCAGCACGGGCCAUGCCGCUGGCCACCGCGCCACGACGAUUGUGGCGCGUGCAAAUGGCAAGACGGUGACCCCAUCACCCCUCUUCGACGAGGUGGCGGAGUCUGAGGGCUUCAUUCGCCUUGUGUCGCCUGACUCCGCGGAGCCAAACUUUGACGACCCGGACUGGAUUUCGAAGGUGGAUGACUGGCAUGAGUUCUGGAACUACAACAACUGGGAGCUUGAGGUGGAGGACAUUGAAACCGAGGAGGGCAACAUCGCCGGACCCAUGGAGGCAGUGCGCCGGGCGGAGAAGCUCGUGGACGCGUUCGCGGAGAUGGACAUGCGCACCGACAUCGUUAACUGGAUGGGGACGCAGUGGUCGGAGGACACGUUUGAGGAGGACAAGUACGCAAACCCGCCCAUGGACCCCGAGCGCCCCGACCCCAACCCGCCGCUGACGCUGUGGGACCUGCGCGCUCGCGCGGAGAAGGCGCGGCAGCGCCAGCUCAUCGACGCCGAGUGGCACCGCCGGCAGAACCGCAUCGGCAAGCUGUGGUACCCGCACAUGGACGAGUACCGCGACAUGCGCGUGCGUGACAACCCCGUGGAGGGCUACCGCCACGACUGGACGGAGGAGCAGAUCCAGCUGCUCAUCACCAACAACGGCAUCGCCUGCGACCCCAAAACGCACGGCGCGCUGACCGAGAACCCGCUUGCGAACCAGGACUACCACGCGCUCGGCGUGCGCUACCUUGAGGAGACGGAGGAGCUGCUGGAGCGCACCGGCCACUUGGCCUCCACCAACCUGCGCACCCAGUUUGACCGCGAGUUUAUUCUGCACGGCGAGGACUACGGCGAGGAUGAGGCGGAGGCGGAGCUGGAUGCGAUGCGCAGGGAGGCGGAGCGUGAGGCGCUGAUUGAGGCGGGCAUUGACCCGGAUGAGGAGGACCCGGAUUCCGAGGUGGUGGGCGAGGUGCGCCUGGGCUGAGCAGGCGCUGCUGGGCGCUGGGCGCCAAACGUUUUGAUGGGGCUGAGGGAAAGUGCUUGCUUGCAGCGCGCAGAAGCGUUUUGGCUGGGUCCAGGACUGGGGCUGGGGCGGCACAGGUUGGGUUGGCGUUGGGCUGCAUGCCGGGGCUGUGUUGGCAUCGGCGGCAUGGGCUGGGAACGGCAGCUGGCUUGGCCCGGAUGAGCUGGACCUGGCUUGAGGUGAGGGCUGAGCUGGUACGGCUGUCUGGUGUGUUGGCCGGCGUAAGCAGCUGGACGGCCAUCGGCAAAUUCACCAAUACGAAUCCACGGAUGGUUUUUUGUUUGUACGUGGAGUCAUGCUCGCAUACGUGCACGGGGAUAGGGUGCUUGGGCUGCAUGUACAUGUACUAUAGGCGACGUCACCCGUGUGGAGCUGCAGCUCGGCAUUUUGUAUUUGCAUGCUGCUAAGCUGGCCGGUGGCACAGUGAAGAGUCUGGCAACAGUGGCUGCGAACGGACCUGUUCUGCGGGUGGUGAGCAGAGGUUGGCAGACGACGGCCUGGUGGUGACAGUUAUGCCACGGCGCUUGGGCCCAGGGGAGGAUGCGCCGAUAGGCAUCAUCAAGGCGGAUCGAUGGCAGAAAUGUGAAAGCACCAUGCGACGUGGCAGUACCGACUUGGCAUUGCCGAAUUUAGGGGCAUCUUCCGUGACAGGGGCAGGUCAGGAUGUAUGCGACAUGGGGGCUCAAUCUUGUGCAGCAGGGAAGAACAGACACAGGGGAAGGAGUGAGGGACGAGCAGCUGCGCCUGUAAGUUCCUAGGCUG